UUUGCCCAGGAGCUGGGGCGACUGGAAAUCCCGGCCGAGCUGUUGGCUCUGCUGAAGAUAGCUGAGGGGCGCCAGCAUGUCAUGGCUGAGAACAUCACAGAAGCCCUGCCCCCCGAGAUCACAGCUCAGGAAUCACUGGCUCUCCCUCCUGACAUCAAUAGAUUCCCCUUUUCCAGAUUCAUCCCUGAAAACUUUGAGAAACCAAUCCUGCCCAGUCCAGGAAAGCCCUUGACCUCCCCCCUGACUAAUCUGGAUGGGGCGAACCUUCAGCUUGCCCUGGACAUCAACAAAGUGAUGCUCCGGCUUCUGGGGGACCUAUCACUUCAGUCCUGGCAAGAACAGACCAUGGGCACCUAUUUGGCCCAACAAGGUCUGCGCCACCCCACCUUGAGGAAUGAGAUCUUUUGUCAACUUGUGACCCAGUUAUGGCACAAUCCAGACGAACAGCAGUGCCAUCGAGGCUGGGCACUCAUGGCCAUUCUGCUCAGUGCCUUCACCCCGACUCUGAUCCUUCAGAAGCCACUGCUCAAGUUUGUGUCUGACCAUGCUCCCAAGGGCAUUGCAGCUGUGUGCCAGCACAAGCUCUUGGGAGCAUUGCAAAGACCCCAGGCAGCCAUCAACACUGUCCGUGCCUACCCGCCUACCCAGCUGGAGUGGAUUUCAGGGUGGCGAUGUGGGCGAAUGGCCCUCGACGUCUUCACCUUCAGUGAAGAGUGCUACUCGGCAGAAGUCAAAUCCUGGACCACGGGGGAAGAGUUUGCUGGAUGGAUCCUGCAGAGCAGGGGCAUAGAGCAGCCGAUUCGGGGUUGGUCGGUGUCUCUGCUCUCUGAAGAUUCCUGGCAGGAUUUGGUCGGCUGUGACUUUGUGCUGGAUCUCAUUGGGCAUACGGAAGACUUGGGGGACUCGAGUGCCCCUCACAGCUACCCCAUCCCAUCCCACAAUGUGACUUACCAAGACAUCCCCCCACCGCCAGGAAUCCAGGCACCCCCCUUGGCUCCCGAGCCACCUCCGGGUCCUGCCCCAACUCUACCUCAACGGAGCCAUCCAAGGGAACCUCAGAAUGCUAGGAGCUUGGAUGGUUUCCUGGAUAACCUUUUUGAACCUGUGCUCCUCUCUGGAUCCAGGGAGGACUUGACAGAAGCCAGGGCAUUGAACAGCCGAAUGAAAGGUGGCGGAGGCAUUGGGACCCAGCAGGGAGGCUUCCCCAUGAUGUACCCAGGGAUGACACAGAUACCAAGCUACCAGCCUGCCAUGGGGGCGAUGAUGCCAGCUCCAGCACCAUUUGUGUCAGCGAUGCCCCCUGUGCCUUCAGUGGGGGGGGUCCCCAUCAUGCCAGCCAUGAUGCUGCCAUCCCAGGCCCAGCCUGUGGUCCCCACGCUCAGCACCACAGAGCUGGCUUCCCAGCAGCAGAACUUUAUCAACCAGCAGGCCAUGAUCUUGGCUCAGCAAAUGACUACCCAGGCCAUGACUCUUUCCCUGGAGCAGCAGGCCCAACAGCAGCGCCUUGCCCGGGCCUCCACAUCUGACCCCCCGACUGCUCCCAGCAAACCCAAGAAGCAAACCCAAGUUGUCAGCAAAAGCUCACCUGCUCCCAAGGCAGAGCCCCAAGAUAGCCCGGAACUGGUAGAGACUCCGGAAGAGGUUAAGGAAAAACUGAAGCACCCCCGUACCUUCCAGCAGAAACGGGAUUAUUUCCAGAAGAUAGGGCAGCAACCUAUUCAUAUAAUAAAGGUAAAACCACCUGCAAAGGUGUCUAUUCCCCAGGCGGAAAUAGAGCAGGAAGAGGAGGAGGAGGAGGAAGAAGAAGAAGAGGAGGAAAUCAAAGAUGAAGCACCUCCUUGUCCUCCUCCCCCAGUGGCCAAGAAGCCACUUCAAAAGAAGGAGGGAGGAGACAAAAUUAAGAGUGAAGUUGGUGCUGGAGCCAAAGCAGAAGAUAAAGCUAGAACUGGCUCUAGCCCAGAAGCCAAAAGCCAAAAGGAAAGUAGAGAAAAGCAUCAAGGAACUGUGGUGCGAAGCUCAAAGCCAGCUGUCAAAAGAGCAGAGCCCAGCAGAGAAAUUCGUAACAUCAUCAAGAUGUAUCAGAGCCGUCCUGCACCAGUGCCUGAACCAAUACAGCCCAUCAGGAGGCCCCAAAGAUCUUUCAUAAAGAAGAACGACCCCAAAGAUGAAGCCCUGGCCAAGCUGGGUCUUAGUGGCAAUCAGCUUCCUCCUUUGCCAUCAGCUCUGGGCCCCAAGAAGGGCUCACCACCACCUGUUUCACCUCGGCCCUUGAAAUCUUCUAGCUCCAUUAAAGAGAAGCAGAGACCCCUGAUGAAUUUGUUUGCUCCAACUCAAUCCACAACCUCAAUUCCUGAGCCUUCACCACCUCCACCUCCACCUCUUCCUCCAUCAGAGAACCUGGUCUCACCCAGUUCAGACCCAGUUCAGAAUAUGGGAGAUGAACACAUCAGUACCCAGUUGCUUCAUCUCUCAAGCAGUGUUUCCUUUGCCUAUGCCAGUGCCACCUGGAGAUUGUUCCUUCGAAAAGAGGUGUUCUAUCCCCGGGAGAACUUCAGCCACCCCUACUGUUUGAAACUUCUCUGUGAACAAAUACUACGUGACACCUUCACCGAGUCCUGUAUCCGAAUUUCACCAGAUGAACGGAGCAAGAUGAAGGACAUGCUAGCGGACUUGCAGGUGGGCAUGGAUGCCAGUUCCAUUGUUGAAGAUAGUAUCAAGAAGAGAAUUGUGGUAGCUGCCCGGGACAACUGGGCCAAUUACUUCUCGAGAAUCUUCAACGUCUCGGCUGAGAGUGGCAGUGAUGUCCAAUUCCUAGCUGUGUCUCAUCGGGGGCUUCGCCUGCUCAAAAGUGUGAACAAUGCCACUUUCCUCGCAGACCAUCUCAAAACCCUCUGCAGCUACAGUUUUGCAGAAGUCCUGGAGGUGGAGACUCCAGGUAACAACAUUCUCCAACUCACCCUGAAAAAUGAGCAACUAAUAUUGCACACAACUCAAGCACAGGCUAUUAAGUCCAUGGUGGAGCUGUUCCUGAGUGAGCUCAAAAAAGACUCGAGCUACGUUAUUGCCCUUCGGAGUUAUGUCACUGAUGACCGAAGCCUCCUGAGCUUCCGCCAUGGAGACAUCAUCAAGUUGCUGCCCAUGGCCUCCCUGGAGCCAGGGUGGCAAUUUGGCUCCAUCGGGGGUCGAUCUGGGCUCUUCCCUUCGGACAUGGUGACGGUGGCUGCUGUGCCCGACUACCUCACCUUCUCCAAGGAGCAGAAGGAUGGGUGGCAAAGGAGUCUCUCGAAAGCAGAACCAGGGUCGUCUCCGCAGAACCGGGCCAUGGAGUGGGAACACAGCCCCAGCCAGGAACCCAGUGAGUACUCUGCGGGGACCAGCUCCGUCUUCCUGGACGGCAGCAGCAUUCUGAGUGCCGAGACCAGCACGUACACUAUGUGGGAGUAUGCCCUGAAAAACUUCUGCCCGAUGCAGACCUUGGAGGGCGACGUGGUGAUGUCGGAGGAACACGCCAGAUGUCUGGUGCAGCACACUAAGGUUCCCAUCCAGAAAUCUCUUACCAAGUUAAUGGUCAAGUCCAUGAACGAUCUGGCUGUGGAGAACUUCAGGGCUGUGAUGCAAUUUAUGGGUGAUCAGCCCAAGAAGAAAGAUGAGUUGGAUAUAAUAUUUGAGAUGUUGAAGCUGUGCAAGGAAAACAAACUGAAAGAUGAAAUUUACUGCCAACUCAUCAAACAGGUCACAGAGAACCCCCAACAGGAAUCCUGCAUUCAGGGAUGGAACCUCCUCAGCCUCCUCACUGGUUACUUCCUCCCUUCAUCCACCCUGAUGCCCUAUGUCAUCAAGUUUCUGCAGGACGCUGCCCCUGGUCAAGAGCUGGUUCAGAAAUGCCAAGAACAUUUGCAACGUACAGUCAAAUAUGGAGGUCGCCAGUACCUGCCCAGCUUUGGCGAGAUACAAGCCUUCCUGAAAGGGCAGAUAAGUCGACCAUUGUUGCUCCACCUGCCCGGAGGUACAGAAUACAAGACAGUCAUCCAGACCUUUACAGUGGUGAGAGAAGUGCUGGAAGAGAUGUGUAUCCAGAUGGGCAUUAGAGAACUCUUGGAGGUUCAAGAGUUUGCCAUCUUCCUCAUCAAGGGACAAGGUGCACUAGUGCGGCCUCUACAUCCCAACAAGUACCUCAAUGACGUGGUGCGGGAGAGCGGUGUGGAGCUGCAUAGCCGCCGGCUCACCUGGGACAGCCCCCUGCACUAUGAGAAUGAAGUCUACAUCAGCACUCACUACAGCCAGGUACAUCGGGACUACCUGCAGGGAAAGCUGCUGGUCAGCACCCAACCCCAAGUUGAAACAUCGUUAGCUCCCCUGGUGGUCCUGCAGCUCCUGAGCAGAGAGAUAAGGGAUCUGCCUUCUGAGCAGGACCUGCUGAGAUACAUCCCAGAGGCACUGCAUCGGCAGGUGAACUUGAGGAUCUUGGGGACUUUAGUGGAGAGUCAGCUGAAGGCCUCAAAGAGAUAUAGUCGUAGAGAAGCACAAAUUGGCUUCAUUGAGGCCAUGAGAAACCUCCCUCUCUUUGGUUAUACCAUAUACAUCGUGCUACGGGUGAGUGAGCCGAGGAUAGCCACCCCCUGCUUAUUGGGUCUCAACCAUCAUCGCCUCGUCUUGGUGAAUCCCAGCUCCCAGGAACAGUGCCAUUCCAUCACUCUGAAGGAGAUACAAAAAUUACGUCAGCUCAGUGCUCUGAACGACGUCCCGGGCCUGGAGCUCAACUACGGGUCUUCUGCCAACCCCAAGACUAUCUGGUUUGAGUUGCCACAGGCUCAGGAGUUACUGCACACCCUCAACUUCUUAAUGGAGAACAGUACUUCAACCUAGUCUGGUCCAGUACAUCCUGAGUUGAAAGGGAUUGGGGGGG